GUCGACAGCCGAUUUCGAUGAGGAAGAAGGCGGGUCUUAACAUGGGGCACUAACUGCACUUUUUUCAUGCGAUGUGUAACUUUGGAAGGCAAUAGUUGUCACUUUGACCGGUUGUGGAUGUUUAAACCAGCGCUUUUAUUGUGACUAAACUUUUUUGGGCAUUUUGUUUGAUUGUAAGAAGAGUUAUGGAAGAGCGCGAGGCUUCACCCGCUUUGGCUUUCGAUAAGGACGCGUUUCAGCUCACAGUGGAAGAUGUUUAUGACAUUUCGUACGUAAUCGGAAGAGAUUUGUUGAAAAUAAGUAAAAGGGGUGAACAAGUUUCAGAUUUGCAAUUUAAGAUUGUCCGUGUUUUGGAGAUGUUCGAGACAUUAGUCAAUAAGUCCAACCUGUCGCUGGAGGAGUUAAAAAUGGAACGAGAUAACCUGAAAAGCGAGUUGGAUAGAAUCGUAAGAGAAAGUUCCGCGGGUCAAGGAACGCAAACGCUUGGACCGAACCAGCUCGUGGUAGACCUCAAAGACCCCAACAGACCACGCUUCACUAUGCAGGAACUGAAGGAGGUUCUUCAGGAACGGAACCAGCUGAAAGCACAGCUCAUGGUGGCUCAAGAGGAGCUACAACUAUACAAAAGUGGUGUUCUCCCCCAAGCUGAGCCACCCAUGGUGGAAGUGAACCUGGACUCACCCCCCUCUGCAGGGCCCCACCCCAACACACCGGAGGAACCCAAACAGGAACCCAAAGUGGAACCAAAAGAAGAAAAGACAACUAUUGGAAAGCUGUUUUCAUUCAGGCGGAAAUGAGGAUACGGGCAAGAGUGUUUCAUCAGAAGACAUGGAUUUUAGCCACAUCUUCUGCAGAGGACAUCAA